UAGGUCUAUGGUGCUUGUUAGUGCCUUUGCGGGGUUAGGUUGUUAUUAUGAGUUAUGUUUUUCCUUUACAAUUCAAGUACGAUAGAAACUACACCAACUCAUGAACAAUCUGGAUAAUAAAUAAGGCUUUAAAAAAACAAUCAUGUUCCGUACUCAUUCGGAUCUUGUGCGAACGCCACCUGUGCAAAAGGCGAGCUGCGAUUCCGAAGUUUUCAAAUGCGAUCUGUGUAAAGCUUGCUGGCUAUCCGAAACAGAAGCUGACUUGCACAGAAAGAUCGCACAUUUCCCUGAAUUGAUUUCAAAAUCGAAAUGCGAGACGAAUCAUAUGUGCUUGAUAUGCAUGCGACCUCAAGAAAGUAAGGACAGUCUGUUGAAACACACGAAAACUGAUCAUCUAUUAUCCUCACCGACUGCAAGGAAAGUCGAGCGCGAAAUAUUUGUAUGCGACCAUUGUAACGGAGUAUUCUUCAACAAAUUCAUGUUGACUGCUCAUUUCUAUUUCAAACACAUUAAAGAUCAAACUAGAGGCAUACAAUGUGUAAUAUGCAACCGAUAUAUGCAUUACAAGAACACAUGGUUCCAUUUGAAUAAUGUGCACAUGGUGAACACGAAAACGGCAUGCCAAAUAUGUUUAAACCAAUUUCAGACGACAGCAAAAUUGAACGAGCACUUAAAGUCACAUAAGCCGUACCUGAACUGCACUAUAUGCGGAUACACGGCAAGCAGGGACUCAUAUUUCACAGAACACCUAGAGAAACAUAGGAAAUCAAAUGUUACAUCAGUUAAGAAUCACAAGCAGUACUUCACUAGAAUGAAGAAAUAUCAUAACUACAGUCUCUAUAGCGGUAUCAAGGGAUUAUUUUUAUACAAUGUUCAUAUAUGCUUGCUGUGUCGUGAGAUAUGUUCUAGCGAUGAUGAAAUGAAAUUGCAUAUAUGCACCGAGCAUAUGCAAACAAAUGUGGUGAAAAAGAAACCCGUUUGUGCGUGCGGAAAGGAUUUCUUCAAUAAUGUUCUAUUAAAACAUCAUGUGUUUAAGUUAAAAGGGAUGCAUCGGGCUUUAAAUGACAAUGAGGUCCCCGAGGCACAGAUUAGUGACAAUGAGAAUUCCGAGGUAGAUAUUAGUGAUAAAGAGAUUCCCGAGACACAGAUUAGUGAUAUUGAGAAUACUUAUAUACAGAUUAAAGAUGACAAAGAAAUAAAUACAAAUAUAGAAAUGGAAGGAAAUCUCACUAAAGAAUGUCAAGAAUAUCUUUCUAUUCAAAAUUCAGAAGUCAUAGAUGUGUACGCAGUACAAGAGGAAUAUGAAAUAGAAUAGUACAAGUUGUAAGUCCUGGAUUUGCUCCGGGACUGUUUCAUACAUAAUAUAUGGAUAUGUAUAUGGAAAAUAUUUCAAAAACAGCGCCACCUCUCGGUGAUAUAUUAUGUAAUAUAAAAAAUUGCAACCAUUAAAAAUAUUAAUUUUAUUAAGUUAAUUAUGUACUCGCUCCGUGCUAUUA